AUGCAUUUUCUACACGCGCUUGUCGUCGUUGUUGCGACGUUGGGAAACAAUGUCGAUGCGAUUGCAGAGCGUGGCUUGGAAGCCAAACCGCAACGCAUCUUGAGGGCUGCCACAAAACGGUCCGACCUGUAUCGAAGAAGCGUUCGCAUUACCAAAAGGUUUGAGACGGAGAUGGCUUAUGUAGAGAGUGAAAAUGCCUGGAGCGAUGCAUCGACUUUUGCUUCCCAGGUCAAGGUCAGCUCGCAGAAGCCAGUGUUCACCCUCGAAGAGCAUGAGCAUCACUUGAAAGCUGUCGAGUGUGGCAACGAUGCUAUGAAGUUGCAUUUCGUUGAUGCCUCGUCUGCCCGAGAUGCCCGAGCCGCCUAUGGUGAGGACGGUGGCUUGAUCAUCACUUCACACAAGAGCUGCAACGACGAGGGUGAGCGCGAAGUUUACCGUGUCACCGAUGUAUCCUUUUCCGAGGAUGGAGAAGCACUCGACCUGUCCGUCAAGAAGACAACAUGGCGACAGGCCUUUGACCGUAUGAACGUGACAUUCGGUCACACCACUGAUGAUCACAUCGUUCGCCGCCAUGCCGACUUUGCCAUGAUUCGGGGCAAGCGCCAGAACAGGGUUGCCAUUCCCCAGAACGUAUCCGAAGACGUCAACACUGCUCUCUUCGACUUGAGUUCUGAGAUAGUCGACAAGACCUUUGCCUCUAAAGAUUUCCUUGAGAUCCUCGGGGCUGUAGUUCCCCUUCCUGAAUUGCCCGUCGCCGUCCCUAUUGAAAUCGGCUGCAAGCGAUGUGCUACCACUGGACAGUUGGCACUCAACCAGGGUGCUUUCAACAUUGACCUAUCCCAAAUCGACCUGAUCCCCGACAUCUUCCAGGGCGGCGACGACGGAAAAGAGAUUUCGAGCGUUAUCUCGGGCGGAUUUGUGGAGUUGGUAGCUACUGGCGUAGGUGCGCGAUUGGAUCUGUUUGCGCGACCAUCUGCCAACGGCGAGUUCGAAAUUGCUCUAAUUCAACUCCCCAUCGCUGGAUUCGUUAUUCCCGGAAUUGGAAAUGCAGGCGCUGUCUUCGAACCCAGAAUCGCAUUUGAAUUCGAAGUCAGCGGUGGGCUUGAGGUUAACUAUGGACUCGAACUCAAUGUGCCUGACAACUCCAGGCUUCGAGUAGAGCUCACCAACCUCGGUGCUAGCAGUCUUGUUGGUUUUCAGGACACCACUCUUACUCCCCUGCCUGUCACUGUCAACAUUACAGAUGUUGAUGUUACCCUUGGUCUUGCCUUCAAGCCCGCCAUCCCAGUUGGUUUCGAUUUCCUCGGCCAGUUGUCAGCGGAGGUCACUACUGUUUUGGACCUACCUCGCCUGGAUGCAAAGCUCUCGACCAACAUUGCCGAGAACUGUGCUAGCGGCAAUAGCUCCACUGGUCCGUCUGCACCAGGUGCAAACAGCACGACGCAGUUGUCUCCUGAUCUUAUCCAGCUGGGUCCCAUCGCCUUGGUUGAAGCCAAUGUUUCCAUUUCUUGCGAUCUCAGCUUUGACGUCUCCAUUCCGAUCCUGCCACCACCGUUCAACCAGGUCGGCGUCGCACAAAACAUUUUCAAGGCAGAAUUCCCUCUCGUCUCGGAAUGCAAGUCGCCAGAGACUGCUUUCGAUGGUGCAUCGGGUAUUGUCGUUCCUGCGCCCCCAGUUGUUGCGCCCCCCGUUGUGAGCGAAUCUGUCGCUCCGGAGCCUCAGGUUAAUGCUACUCAUGCGCCAGUCUACACAGUCCCAGUGGCGAAUUACACGAUCUCUUCCACAGUAGCCAUGCCUGCUGCUACCACUCUAAGCAGUGUAGUCUACGCAGCUCCUGCGUAUACAGCUUCUCCUGAUGGUUCAGCCAGUACAAGCUGUUCAACUAUCCCAAGCUACACAGCUACCCCAGACGUGAGUGCGACGACCAGCAUGACUAAUGCGAGUAUAUCCACAGCCCCGUAUCUAAACAUUUCCGCUAGUUACACUAGCGCCAGUUACCCAGUGCCCUCGGAACCGGCUUCGACUACCAUAAUAAUGGCCACCAGCAGCACCGCACCCGCAAGCUCUUACGUCGAUUCCAACUCAACGGCGAUGAUCAACUAUCCCGUUCCCGUCAUGUCGACGUCGCGCGAAAGCAGUUCGACUAGCGUAAUCACCACCACGUCCUACAUUACUUCCAAGAUCUCAAGGACAAGCACGACGUCAGCUGCUGAGGCGCCGACACUAGAUGCUGGAUUCUCUUUCACUCUCUUUUCAACAUCCAUGCCCGCCUCUUCUUCGCCUGCUCCUGCUACCACUUCAUCUGAGGAGUCUGCACCUUCGACUUCCUCGUCUGCUCCCGCCAUGACUUCAUCGCCCCAAGAGUCCGCAGUACCUUUGCCUUCUUCCAUUCCCACUGUUUCUUCCGCUAUCUCCUCCGCUGUCUCUCCGUCGUCUUCUACUCUUACCGAGUCUUCUACUGUUUCUCCCUCGGAAUCGACUCCCGCCGACUCCUCCACUGCUUCUCCGUCGUCUACUGCUCCCUCGGAAUCUACUCCCGCUGCUUCCUCAGCAUCCUCAGCAUCCUCACCCAUCACAACAUCAACCCCAAUCACCUCAAGCCAACCAUCUGCAUCCCAAACACCAUCGCCAACCUCCCUAGCGCCACCACCACCACCUUUCAUGAGCGGCCCGCUCCCAUCGCUAGCAGCCACGCUCAGUGAAGCUCCUGGGUUUUUGGUCCCGACCAAUGCAAGUGCCCUGCCUGUCGUGCAGACAAGCGUAGUACCAUUUACCGGCGCCGCGUCGCGGGGUGUACAGAUACCACAUCUGGCGAGUAUCCUGAGUGUGCUAGUUGGAGUCGUUGCUCGAUAUGCAUGCUUGAGCCACUGCUGGGGCAGUGGAGAGAAUCUCCUCAAAACAAUACAAGAAAAUAGGCGCAUACAUAUGGACCUCGGAAUCCUAAUCGAGAAUCUCCCAAAGACGUACCAGGAUGCUGUGACUGUCUGUAAAGAGCUUGGAAUUCAUUAUUUGUGGAUCGACAGUCUAUGCAUCAUCCAGGAUAGCGAACAGGAUUGGAAACAACAAGCUUCGCGUAUGGCAGAUGUAUAUCAGAAUGGCUACGUGACCAUUGCAGCCGCCGCCGCCCGAAACUCGGAAGAAGGGCUGUUCAAUGACAUCUCUAAUCGGCGAAUUGGCUAUCCUCUACCCGAGUACCCCUGGGUCCAUGUCCGAAGAAAUGUUCGUCGCCCUGAUCCAACGGAGGAAUUUAUGGAUAUGCGAUCAGAUGAUGGAUUCCCAUUGUACAAGCGAGGUUGGGUGUUCCAGGAACUGACCUUAUCUCCACGUGUCAUACAUUAUGGCCGCGAGGAAUUGAUUUGGUACUGUCGAACGAGUUCAAGACACGAGGGUGAUCCAGAUGGUCGCUUUCUCUUGCCAAGUCUUGUGAGAGAAGACUUGACAAGUAACAUGGAACUUCCAAUACAAGAUGCGUGGUGCAGAAUUGUGAGAUCCUUUUCGUGGCGAAACAUUACGUUUGAGAAGGAUAGGCUUCCUGCCAUUGCAGCUUUUGCAAGUCGAAUACAAGCACAAGACUGUAAAAAGAGAUAUAUCCACGGAAUUUGGGAGGAUACCUUACACUAUGAUCUUCUAUGGUCUGUGCAUAGAUAUAUUGCUGGGAACUAUGGUCAUAGACGUGGACCGAACAGCUCACCAACCUGGUCAUGGACGUCAAGUCAGAGCCCUAUUCUGUGGGAAAAUUCGAACUGCACUGAUCUUUGCCAGAAAAUCCCCUAUACGAAGAUAGAAAAGAUUAUGUACAAUACACGAGGACCACCCAUCCUUGGAGAUGCCACAGAAGCGGCCAUCGUCAUCCAAGCUCCUGUUUUCAGGCUUUGUGACAUAGAGUUUGCUACAUAUCCGGGUUACAUACCAGGAAACCAGCAUCAUCGCCUUGCGUGGUGUCAUCCUAAUUGGGACACACCUUCAAGUACUGAUAUCUACGAGAAACAGGAUACAAAAGCACUUGCUAUACCUUUCCUAUUACUGAAAAGAGACGUAUAUCGGCGAGACAUGGGUGGCUGGAAGAACGCACUAUUGAUUGUGGAAACCAGUGAAAUUGGCAAGUACAAAAGGUUAGGGGUAGCUUCAAUUGGGGUCGGCAACGAUCUCUGUGGGGUGACUUCUUGGCCUGAUUGGGAUGUGGAACUCUCAGAGGAUGAAAAGGUAGUGCAUGCCGUAGCAAGAGCAGAAAGAUACGACUACUUCAUGCAGAUCAUGGAAGUGAUGGAAAAACGUACCAUCACUCUUGUAUAG